CCCAACCAAAAUCCAAUUACCUUUUUCAAAGUUCACCUUACAAAAAUAGUUAUUAUAGCAUACAUACACAUUUCAUUCAUAAUGAUAUCAUUUAUUCAUAGCAUGAUCAUGAUGAUUGAAAUGAAUACAAAUACACUUCCUAUUAUUUUCACCCUCGCAGCUACACUAUGCGCAUACUUAUUUUGGUUCCACUUACUCGCUCGAAACCUAACCGGUCCAAAAGUUUACCCAUUUUUUGGCAGCCUUCCGGUUCUUUUUAUGAACCGGAACCGGUUUCACGAUUGGAUGACUUCAAACCUCAACCAAACCGGCGGUUCAUCAACCUACCAAACCUGCAUCCUCCCAUUCCCAUUCUUAGCCCGUAAACAAGGCUUCUACACAGUAACAAGCCACCCAAAAAACAUAGAACACAUCCUCCGAACCCGGUUCGACAAUUACCCAAAAGGACCCACAUGGCAAACCGCUUUCCACGAUCUUUUAGGACACGGAAUCUUUAACAGCGAUGGUGACACGUGGCUUGUUCAACGUAAAACCGCGGCACUUGAAUUCACAAAUCGAACUCUUCGACAAGCCAUGGCUCGUUGGGUUAACCGAACCAUUAAAAACCGGUUAUGGUGUAUUUUAGACAAAGCCGCUAAAGAAAAAAACUCGGUUGAUUUACAAGACCUUCUUUUACGGUUAACUUUUGAUAACAUUUGUGGACUUACUUUCGGUAAAGAUCCGGAAACUCUCUCCCCGGAUCUACCCGAAAACCCGUUUUCUGUUUCUUUUGAUACUGCCACUGAAACUACAUUGCAAAGACUACUUUACCCCUGGUUUUUAUGGAGGAUGCAGAAGCUUCUAUGUAUCGGUGGCGAAAAGAAAUUAAAACAGAGUUUGAAAAUUGUUGAAAAUUACAUGAACGACGCCGUUUCGGCUCGCGAGAAAUCUCCCUCCGACGAUCUUCUCUCGCGGUUUCUCAAAAAACGCGAUGGCAAUGGAAAACCGUUUGACGCCGGAAAAUUAAGACAUAUCGCGCUGAAUUUUGUUCUCGCCGGGAGGGAUACUUCGUCGGUGGCGUUGAGUUGGUUUUUCUGGCUCGUUAUGAAUCAUCCAAGCGUGGAGGAGAAGAUUGUGGCGGAGUUGACAGCGGUUUUGGAAGCUUCUCGCGGCGGAGAAUGUAGCCGGUGGACGGAGGAGGCAGUGGAUUUUGAGGAAGCGGAGAAGCUUGUUUAUCUGAAAGCGGCUUUGGCUGAGACGCUAAGAUUGUAUCCGUCGGUGCCAGAGGAUUUUAAAUAUGCUGUUGAGGAUGAUGUUUUACCGGACGGGACGGUGGUUCCGGCGGGUUCAACGGUGACGUAUUCGAUAUAUUCAGUUGGAAGAAUGAAGAGUGUGUGGGGUGAAGAUUGUAUGGAGUUUAAACCGGAGAGGUGGUUAUCGGUUCAGGGAGACCGGUUCGAACCGCCUAAAGAUGGGUAUAAGUUUGUUGCGUUUAAUGCUGGACCGAGGACUUGUUUGGGGAAGGAUUUGGCUUACCUUCAGAUGAAGUCUGUUGCUGCGGCUGUGUUGAUUCGUUACCGGAUUUCACCGGUUCCCGGUCACCGGGUUCAGCAGAAGAUGUCUCUCACACUUUUCAUGAAGUAUGGUCUACGUGUGUUCUUGCAUCCACGUCAGCUUCAGCAACCCAAGUAGGAUGUGUUUGGGUGGUUGUGUAUGUCACUGAUUCGGUCAUAUGCUGUACAAAGGGCAGUGUGGUCAUUUCACCAUGUUUUAUGAUUCCUUGUUUUAAUAUUUAUUUACUGUUGUUUUUGGGAGGGUGAGUCUCUUCACGGUUGGUUGGGUCAUGGGUGUGUCAAAUUUGAGUUUACAGUUUGCUGCUAAAGUGUCCUCUUUGUUGUAUAUGUGCCAUAUACUAGGUCCAAUUCAUAAGGGCUUUCAUAUUCAUGUUGUUCAUCAAUAAUACAUUCAUCAUAUUAAUAUAUAAAUAUAAAAUCAUUUUUAA